CCCAAAGUGAUGAAGAGAGUAGCUCAAGUGAUGAAAGUUCUUCAUCUGAGAGCUCUGAAGAAGCACUACUUUGCAUAGGUGCUUGGCAGGUUGCUGAAAAUAACAGCAGGUGGCUCUUUGGAGAAAGCAGCAGGCAGCUCAAUGAAACCUCAACAAGUGAAAAUAAGGAAAGUUGCUCACCCAGAUGUUUCAUGGAAGAUGACCACUUCAAUGAUGUGGAGGUAACAUCUUGCUCUUCCAAUAGCUCUAGUGAUUUUGGACCAUCAAACAUUACACUAGAGUCUUUACUAAAUGACUUCCAAAGAGUCCAAAAUCACCAUGUUCUCUUGAGAU